CUCUAAUAUAAUGUCACAAUGAGAGAAACUCCACUUCCAACCCCUAUGCAAGCUGGCCACACACACACCUUUUUUUUUUUAUUGGCUGACCCCUUGCCAUUGACUUCAAAGACUUGAAGGUUACCAAUUGGGUGCUCACUUACCAGAAAUUCAGAGGUGCUCACGUACUCAUUUACAAGCACUUGCUCUUUAAGCCCAAAAUCUCCGCAUCUCAAUAAUAAAAUUAGUGGUCUAAAGUCAAAUUUUAAUAUAUAGUCUUCAUUCAAACUCUCAAUUUUGAUCUCCCCUGUCAUCUGUUUUUUCCAUUUCUGAUUCUUGAAAACUAAUUUUCACCAACCCCCCCACCCCCACCCCCACACACAACAUGUCUGACCAUGGAUCUGACAAUACAUGCUGCUUUCGUUGCACCAAAUUCAUAUUAACUGCAGGCUUAACAGCUCUUUUUAUCUGGCUAAGUCUAAGAACCUCCAAACCAUCCUGCUCCUUACAAAAUUUUUACUUACCUGCCCUUAACAUAUCUGAUAAUUCCAACACCACAAGAUCCAAUCAUACUCUGUAUUUUCAGCUCAAUUUGAAGAACAAGAUGAAGGACAAAGGUGUUCGUUAUGACGACAUUAAAUUAAGUUUCUACUAUGGUACAAAUACAAGUUUCCCUUUAGGUAAUUGCACAAUACCUGGAUUUUACCAAGGGCAUGACAAGAAAGCAAAUAAAAAGGAGAAACUGGAAAUUCAGAAAAUGCCUUGGGAUGCUGCUUUAAAAACUGUUUCAAAUAAUUCAAGUGUUGUUUUUAGGGUGGAUGUGGCUACAAGAGUAAGUUACAAGGUUAUUUUUUGGUAUAGUAAAAAACAUAAUUUAACUUUGGAAAAUAAAACAGUGGAAGUGGAUGGUUCAGGUAAAUCAAGUGCACAACAACUUCAUUGUUAUCUUAUGGCUUUUGGUUUUCCCCUAAUUGUUUUGUUAAACUUUAUUCUUUUGUUGUAAAGGACUUUUGUCCACAUAAUGGGUAAUUAAAUCCCAAUUAGAGAUUGAUAUGAUUCAAUUCAAUAUUUUGUUCGUUUUUGGAUUUAAUUAUGUCGUGGCUAUAUAAUUCAUGUUACAUUUUUAUUGUGUAAGAAAUGUGAAAUUCAAUUAGAACCAGUAUUUUAGAUA